GCGACGCGCGUCGAUACAUGACGCGUGAAGGACGAGUGUACCUCAUCUUGUACUAUGCUAUGGUAUCGUCCCUCCUUCCUGCUAACUUCUGUUGUCAUUGCGAAUGCUUCGGACUUCUCAUUCAUCCAGUCGGGCCCCACAGCACUACAUAAUCCAGUUGUCGGUUUCGCCGCAGAGCAACGCGAAACUCACCCAUCUCCACCGGGGGACCUGUCCCUCUUAUCAACGGACAGGUUCGCGGUCCUCGAACAUCCCCUCUUCCCUGAUUACCACGUACGCAUCAAGAAGUCCGAGUUCUGCGAUGGUACCGUUGGUACAUACACGGGAUAUAUAGAUAUCCAGGCUAGGCAUCUCUUCUUCUAUUUCUUCGAGAGCAGGAGUGAUCCUGCCAAAGACGAUGUCAUCUUCUGGACGUCCGGAGGCCCCGGAUGUUCUUCGUCCCUAAGUCUCUUCAUGGAGCUCGGGCCUUGCCGAGUCACCAGUCCUGACAACACUACCUUUAACCCACACUCCUGCAAUGAGCAUGCCAACGUCUUCUUCGUAGACCAGCCCAUUGGCGUCGGCUUCUCGUACUCGGAAUACGGCGAGACAGUUAACACGACUCCGGACGCAGCCAAGGACAUCGCAGCGUUCAUCGCGAUAUUCCUUGAACAUUUCAGUCAAUUCGGGGGCCGUGCGUUCCACAUGGCUGGGUCGUCCUAUGGUGGCCGCUACAUCCCUGCAUUCGCCGCAGAGGUUUACGGCCAGAACGCAAAGCUUAUCGAAGCAGGACUUAUGCCAGUCAACCUGUCCUCCAUCAUGCUCGGUAACGGAUGCACUGACUGGAUCUCGAUGGUGCCGUCCUGGUAUGACAUGGCGUGUACGCCCGCUUCCGUUGCACCGAUCCUGGAUAUCAGUUCGUGCGUGCGGAUGAAGCAAGCGGUCCCGCGCUGCAAGGACGCCCUGCAGAAGUCUUGCAUCGACAGCUACGACAGCCUCAGUUGCGGCGCAGCAGACAUGUUCUGCCAGACAGAGCUCAGUGGCCCCUUAUUGAUCACCGACUACAACAUAUAUGAUAUCAGCAAGCGAUGCGAACGUUCUCUCGCGCUCUGCUAUCCUAUCACGGAAAAGAUAACAUCGUAUCUUGAUCGGCCGGAUGUGCGCGAACAGAUCGGCGUGGACGCGCUCGUCAGCGCGAACUUCACCCUUUGCAAUGACGACGUGCACGCGGCUUUCUCUGCUACUCAGGAUCUGAUGUUUCCAACACGACACUACGUCAGCGCGCUCUUGGAGCGUGGAGUACGCGCGUUGGUCUACGUCGGCAUCAAUGACUGGGCCUGCAACUGGGUCGGGAACGAGCGCAUGUUGUUGGACUUGGAGUGGACAGGACAAGAUGCUUUUGUCAAAACGCCGCUCAGGGAAUGGACUGUAAACGGUAAUGUUGCUGGCUUGACGAGGCGCUCUGGCGCUCUGACGUUCGCGACCAUGUAUGGCGCUGGGCACAUGGCUCCUUAUGACAAGCCCGCAGAGUCUCUUGAACUGACGAAGCGAUGGCUGGCCGGGGAAGAGUUAUGAGACCACCGUGUGGGAAGGCUUAGUCGACGCCCUUGGCUUAGCUGUGGUUAUGUUCGUUCGGAUAGCGGCGCACAUGCUGGAGUACGAAGGGCACAUCGAAGAUGGUUUAGGCGGUGGGAUAGACGGCGGAAGAGAAGUGGUGGAUGCAGGCUUCAUGAGCAUUCCUUUCUUCCGGUGUAUAUUGGGCUAUCGGAAGACCACUUAUCGCCAGGGACUCCCGGGCCAUUCUCGGGGAUAGUGUUGGGCUCGCCGACUCUCCCCAUAGAUUGGCAGUACAGAACUGGGUGAAGAACGUGUUGGUUACACUCUGCUACAACAUACGCUCAU